CGAAGAAGCGUUGUUAAGUUUAGUAUUAGGUAGUGGAUAAUUGUAGAAAUAAUUGUAUAAUGUAUAUAUUUGAAGUAGCGACUGUUUACAAAGUAAACGCUGUAGUAUUCUGAGCAUGGGAUACCGGUCUGUGGUAACAACCAUGGAUGCAAAGCGAGCAUUUUGUCCUGGCUCCUCUGGCAAACUGACUAAUCAACUACUUAUUAAGGACCACAUGAUAUCACAUUACAAAAAAGUAUACUCAGCGAAAGCUGCAGUGGACUGUUCAGUACCUAAAAGUAUGCAAUGUAGUAUAAAAUAUCGUGACCAAAAGCGUCGUGAGCAGAUGAAAAAAGACAGCUCUGAGAGAGUGCAGUCAGUAAGUUCUCUUUCACAGAGGAGCAUCAGUAAUGCAACCUCCUGCUCAUUCAGAAAUGUUAGACCCGCUGCUAAUGGAGAGGAGAGUGCUCUUUUUUACUCAGGUGGCUCUGCCUUGUCCUCACCAAGAUUCAACACUUCAUUCCCUUCUAGGCAAAUAGUUUAUCCAUCCCAAAUUGCUGCUAGUCCUCUAAACUGUCGACCUGCUUCAGAAUCGAGUUACAGGAGUCCCAAGUCUCAGAGGCUUCACUUCACUCAAUCAAGUGCCACAUCUUCAUGUCAGGAAAAGUUUAGAAGCUUUCAAGAUCCAACACAGAAAACAUACAGUGGUGAUAUUCUCCUUAAACAUGCCCACAACUUCACUCAGGAAAAGCCUUUCACGCCUAGAACUUUAAAAACACAUUGCAAGUCCAAUCUGUCUACUUACCGGUAUUACACUCCUCCAAAGAGAAAAGAAGAAAAGACUCGGUUAAAGUGUAAUCAACAAGACACUCACUAUGAAAGCAAACACAGCAAAAGUAGACUUUCAGAACAGGAUUUUCCUAAGCCUUACAGUGUUGAUCCUGAGUGGUCUGAUGAUGAGACAAACAUAUCAAGACAUUACAGAACCAUGGAUAAGUCCAAAGACUAUGAUUUUUUUCUUUCCUCAUCAAGAAUAUCACCAGAGGGAAUGAAGUCUCCAAUUAUGAGAAAAGUAACAGCUGAAGAGGAAGAAUUAAUGUACUUGGAGUUUGUUACUGAUGUUACAAAUGAGAUUAUAGCACGGGGCAUCUACUCUGACAGGGUACUAAAGCGGGUAUUUGAGCGUCACAUUGAAAUUAACAAACAAAGAUUAAAUGAGGACAAAAUGCGCCACCUACUGGAUGCUCUGCAGAAUGAUCUACAAAGCCCACCUUCUGCUUCUGUCACCGUUCUUGAGCAGAAGGACGUGGAUAGUUCUGUAUUAUUUAGACACAAGUAUUCAAGCUUUGCGCAAGAUCUGGAUUCAUCAACUACAGACCCAACUUUAAAUAAAGGGACAGAGGAACAUAAAGACACAGCUCUUUUGAUAGAUCCCGACCCAGUAAAUCACAAUAUUUUACAUGAAGCAACACCUAGAAAAGAAGAUAAUUACCUGGCAGACAUGAAGCCUAUUCAAAAAGAAGGAACUACAAUAUUGCAAAGUACAGAGCUUAAAUAUAGAGGGGGAAAUGUGCCAGAGUUAACAGACAACCCUCAACCAAAUGAAGAAGAUAAACAUCAGAAUAAUGAUGAACUGGUGAACGAGCUUGAUGAACUUGGAAGAAAUAUGGCAGAGUCCCUAAAUUUGUCGGACAGUUACAGUCUAGAAGAAACGACUGAAUUGGAGACAUCACUAAAACUAAGUGAUGAUGAAUUUUAAACCUUAUUUGUUCAGCUAUGAUACUCAGUUGCAAAGUCUCAUUGCAUAGUAUUGUCUCAGGUACAAUUUAUCUCAGAAAGGGCUUAUUUAAAAAAAGAUUUAUUUACUGAAAGUGACUCAACAUCAUUUACAGCUGCAAUAAAGAGUAAAUAAUUUUACUCAGCAUUCUUAAAUAUUUGGACAGUGAUUUUUUUAGGUACUACAGCUCAGUGGAUUUAAAAUAAAACAAUGACCAUGAAGUGCUGUUUACUUUGUCUGCUCUCAUUUCCUUAUUGCCUCACAGCAAGAAGGUCCUGGGUUCGAUCCCCAGGUGGGGCAGUCCGGGUCCUUUUUGUGUGGAGUUUGCAUGUUCUCCCCGUGUCCACGUGGGUUUCCUCCAGGUGCUACGGUUUCCUUCCACAAUCCAAAGACAUGCAAGUGAGGUGAAUUGGAGACACUAAAUUGUCCAAGACUGUGUUCAAUAUAACCUUGUGAACUGAUGAACCUUGUGUAACGAGUGACUGCCAUUCCUGUCAUGAAUGUAACCAAAGUGUAAAAACAUGACGUUAAAAUCCUAAUAAAACAAAAAAACGUGUCCUUAUUAGCCCUAUAUUCUACAGAAAAUAUUUAGGAAGAUUAUUACAUACAAAGACUAUCAAAACCCAGUCAUAACUGGCUGUUUCAGUGAUUUCAAGGCACAAUAUUGUUACAUCAGUACUAUCUGUAAAUUUGACAAUAACCAUCUCAAACCAAUUUAGCAGGAUAAUACCAGGAAACAUUAAUUUAUCUCUGAACAGAGGGCCAUUAAGAGAACACAAACAAAAAACUAAUUAAUAACAUCAAUACUUAGAAGAAUCACAUACAGAAAUCACUGGGGAAAGCCAGAACAGCAGAUGUGUUAGUUACGUUUAGUCCAGAUGUUAUACUAUGACUAUCAUACAAACCAUUUUUCUGUUUAGAAUGGUGUGGGGAAUAUAAAAAGCCAGAUGCCUAAAAGAGUAAAAUGUAGGGGUGGGGGAGCAACAGAUUACCUCCUUCUUAAAACAGUGGUGUAAGAAUGAUUGCUAAGAGGACUGACUCACUGGCCUUCAGUGAUUAAGGAUUCUGGCAUUUUGAAGUAGUGUAUAGUGGACUGAGUUAAGAUAUACUGAUAUUACAAUAUAUUAACUAAUACAAUAAUUAUGUUAUAAACAUACAUAUCUUAAAUAAUUCAGCCCGGAUGAACAUGUAACUUAUACUGUACGUGUUUUUGUACCACUGUAAAGAGUAGCUGUACACUGUGAGAUACUGUAACCAAAAACAACUUCACUGUAUAUGUGAGCAUACUCUGCUAUUAAAGUCUGUUUCUAAUACA